GCCGGCGAAGGGGGCGGCACGGCGCGGGGGCGCGCGGUGACCGUUGGCGCUGAGGGGAGGAGGCAGGAGGAGCUGCCGCCGCCGCCGCCGCCGCCGCCGUCGCCGCCGCCGCUGCCGCCGCCGUUGCGCAGAUCCGGGCUGGGGCUGUGGAGAGGGCGACGGGAGCUUGUGACCUUCCGGAGGAGGGAGCGAGGCCCAGGCCCGGGGGGGCACACGGAGCAGCGCCGCCGCCAUGAACAACUCGGGGGCCGAUGAGAUCGGAAAGCUCUUCGUGGGUGGCCUUGACUGGAGCACAACGCAAGAAACGCUGCGCAGCUACUUUUCCCAAUAUGGAGAAGUUGUAGACUGUGUUAUCAUGAAAGAUAAAACAACCAACCAGUCUCGAGGCUUUGGGUUUGUCAAAUUUAAAGAUCCCAAUUGUGUGGGAACAGUGCUGGCCAGCAGACCACAUACAUUAGAUGGCCGCAAUAUUGACCCAAAGCCAUGCACACCUCGGGGAAUGCAGCCAGAAAGAACACGACCAAAGGAAGGAUGGCAGAAAGGUCCUAGGAGCGAUAACAAUAAAUCAAACAAAAUUUUUGUUGGAGGGAUCCCUCACAAUUGCGGCGAGACGGAGCUCAGGGAAUACUUCAAGAAAUUUGGAGUGGUCACUGAAGUUGUCAUGAUCUAUGACGCAGAGAAGCAGAGGCCUCGAGGUUUUGGAUUUAUUACUUUCGAGGACGAACAAUCAGUGGACCAGGCUGUCAACAUGCAUUUUCACGACAUCAUGGGCAAAAAAGUGGAGGUAAAACGUGCAGAACCUCGAGAUAGCAAAAGCCAAGUCCCAGGACAGCCGGGUGCCAGCCAGUGGGGAAGCAGGCUCAUGCCAAAUGCUGCCAAUGGUUGGGCAGGUCAGCCCCCUCCUACUUGGCAACAGGGAUAUGGCCCACAAGGAAUGUGGGUGCCAGCAGGGCAAGCUAUUGGUGGUUAUGGGCCGCCUCCGGCAGGAAGGGGAGCUCCACCUCCACCUCCUCCUUUUACCUCAUACAUUGUAUCCACGCCUCCAGGAGGGUUUCCCCCUCCCCAAGGCUUUCCACAGGGGUAUGGUACCCCUCCUCAGUUCAGUUUUGGCUAUGGACCUCCACCACCUCCACCUGAUCAAUUUGCCCCUCCGGGAGUGCCUCCUCCACCUGCCACUCCAGGGGCAGCACCGCUAGCUUUCCCACCACCACCAUCUCAGGCAGCUCAGGACAUGAGCAAACCCCCAGCGGCCCAGCCCGAUUUCCCUUAUAGUCAGUAUGCAGGUUACGGACAGGACUUGAGUGGCUUUGGACAGGGUUUCUCAGAUCCCAGCCAGCAACCCCCCUCCUACGGAGGACCCUCGGUGCCCGGAUCAGGUGGCCCACCUGCAGGAGGAAGUGGUUUUGGACGAGGACAGAACCAUAACGUGCAAGGAUUUCACCCUUAUAGACGCUAGCCUGGGCUAGAAAUCAGGGAAUUCUGUCCACAAUGGGAUAUCUGGUACCAGCUGAAACCGGGAAUUCCAAACUUGUGAACUUGUGACAAUCACAUACUUGAUGGAGAACAACUUAAUAAACCAUUUGGGGGGUGGGUGGGGAGGUGGGGAGGGGCGAAUGGCUUUUGAAGGCAAAGCUGUGGGUGUUUGGACUGCAGUUUUUAAAUAUAUUCCUUUCUCUAGCCCAUCAGCACAAAUAAAACAAAACGUCACUGGUUCAAACUACAGGGUUUUAAAAAAAGUCUUCAGCUUUAAUUCAGAACUUCAGGUUUCUUUUUUUCUUUCUUUUUUUUCCUUUUCUUUUUUUAAAAAAUGAUUCUUCCUGAGCCUUUUGUUUUACCGUAUAUUGUAAACUUUUAUGUUUAAAGAAAAAAAUAUACAUUUACAGAUUGUGAAAUUUUUAAGAGAAAUUUUCUACUAUGUAUGCUGGCUUAUUUUUUAAUUUAAUACAGGGUUUCCGUUAGUUCUGGUGGAAGUGAGGGUCAGUUUUAAAGCCCUUACUCCUGGCUUUGGGGGUUGGGGCAGUUGGUCCAGAAACUCUGGGAGUUCAAAGAAGAAAUCUACUGAGUUUGGUUGUGGUUUUGCUUUUGCCACCUGACUAACUGUGGUAGCAUUGCAGGCGUGUUGAUGCGCACAGGGUCACUUAGGAAGGGCACAGGCAUUUCAAUCUGUGCUUCAAAACUUUUAAAUCCGGUUUGUGGAUUUCAUUGGGGGGUCAUGGAGGCCUUGGUGAGACGUAGAUUUUCCUCAGGCGGAAAGUUCUGGUGCAUUUUGCACUAACCAGUGAUUACCCCUGGUUUGAAUAAAGAAAAGUACAUUUGGAUUAGAAA